GUAACCGUUCUUCAGAACUGGACCCGAAACGUUAGGCUUUGAUCUCUCACUACAGAAGGAGCAAGACCCUGGUAAUAUUUUCCAGCAGUUCUCGAUUUUUAACACUCGAGAAAUGUUAUGCAAAGCACGUGACGCCAACGUUGAUUGACGUCCCAGACAUCAUAUCGGAACGCGGUAUCCCCGCCUUCUCUGAUUGACGGCAGGACAGACCAAUCGAACAACAGGUCUUGUGGGAUCCCACCCCGUAGCAGCGGAUGCACCUGGCCAAUCGGAAAGACGUAUCUGACACAGGUCCCGUCCCAUGCCUGAUGGACGGCGCAUCUGACCAAUCGAAAACCAGUAUUCGCGACACCCCCAUGCCUGAUUGACGGCCGAAUGUACCAAUCGAAAGCGGGCUCACCUGCGGACCUACCCGAUCCUUGAUUGACGAUUCACGGAGCCGUGAACGCGUCUGACUAAUCGGAAAGACGUAUCUCACACAAACACCAUCCCACGCCUGAUGGACGGCGCAUUUGGUCAAUUGAAAAUCAGUAUCUGCGUCAUCCUCACACACACACACACACACACACACACAUUGCUGAUUGACGGCAGAGUUGACCAUUCGAAAAGCGAUCUCAUCCACGGACCCACCCGACCCUUGAUUGGAACCAUUCGGAAAACAGUCACCGCCCCCCACAACCCACACUCCUGAUUGACGGCGGGACAAACCAAUCGGAAAGCAGUAUCUUGGACACAAAAGCCCGCGCUGAUUGACCUCGCAAGAGCCCAAUCACAAAGCCGAGCGGGACGCGGACAUCGCCGCUUGCACUUAACCGACGGCUCGACAAGCGAAUGGGCUGGCGGUGCCUGGCAACAGGGCGGGGCAUCCGGUAGAGUGACCCGCCCCCUUCUGUAAGCCUCCGGCUUCGCGCUCCCACUGUCGGACGAGGCUUGUGGCUGAGAGGGAGAGAGAGAAAGGAAGGAAGGACAGGAGCAAAGGAGGUGUGAAGGAGGAGAGAUGAAGAAGAGUGGAAAUAACAAUAAUAACCCAGUGUUUUAUUUUAAAAUUUAAAUCCAUUCUCACCUCACCUCACCCGCCCCUCUCGGUUAGAGUUUUGGCGGCAGCCUACAUAAAAUAAACAGCUUUGGAGGGAGGGAAGGAAAAAGGGGGGAAAGAGAGAAAGAAGGGGGGAACCAGUGCCUUGGAAGGGAUCGAUAGAGACAAAAAUAAAAGAAGGGGACAGUUAGUCUUCUAUCAAUGGAAGGGCGUCCCUUCAGAUGUUUCGCUUCCUAUUUUAUUUUGUGUUUUGUGCAGCUUUCAGUUGAAAUAAGUGACUGGCUGUAGAAAAGUGCCAGGGAUAUUUUAUUUUGUUUCAUAUUCUGCCUUUGAAUGCAGUUCAGGGGUUAAAGUUUCACGUUGGUUAGUUCCUCCCCAUUCUCCCCUUUCACCAUCUUCUCUUUCUUUAUCUCCCCCGCCAUCCCUUCCUCCACUUGGACAAUUGUUCUAAUCAAGUCGUUUGGUUUUUGGCCAAAUGGUCAGGGCUACUUUCUUCGGGGGGUUGGGGGGGUAUAGGUGUUCCUGGAUUUCCACUACACGUCCAGCAACAACAGUAACAAUAACGUUGGUUCGAGAUUGAAGGGAAAAGGGGGGGAGGAGAGAGGGUCCUGUGCUUUGUUUCAGUGCUAAAGAGGGCGCACAAUCCAAACUGAUCAUUGCAUUUAUCAUCCUCCCCCUCCGCCGUCCAUCCUCUCCAAGCCCUACUCUUGUUUCUGCUUCCAGCAAGAGAUGGAGCCCUGAGACUGUGAAGACUCCAAGAAACUUUAAACAUUACCGAAGCUGCACUCACUGGAUGCUCUCUCUUUCUUUAUCCUCCUCCCCUCAUGCUGGAAUUGUCUUUACUUUAUCCUUCGCAGUUAAACUUUUGAGACUAAUCUCCAGGACAGAAGCUUCUUUGAACAGAUUUGCUGAAACCUUGAAGAUAUGAAACACGUGAUCCUUGGAACUGGUGCGCAGUCAGCUAUUGUUGGCUGCUUGUCUGAUUAAAUUAAACCCAAACUGAGUAUGUGAGAUCAGGUCGCUUGUUAAUAUGGACUUGUAUAAAAAACCCUAAGAAAUACUGAACGUGUCAAUAGAGCUAAGCGCAAGCAGAACCAUGUGGCGACUGCUCACAUUAAAGUUUGGGCGCUUGUACCGUUGUCUGAAGUUCCUAUUUGUGGUGAGUCUGUUGGUUUUCACAUUGUUGAAUACGCACUCAUUUAUUGCCUCAUUUCAGAAGAACGAACUUGCAGAUCGUCGGUUUAUUAGCCUGAAUAAGUGCCCAGCCUGUUUUGGAACCAGCUGGUGUCGUAAGUUUAUGAAUGGGCAAAUCACUUUUGAGACAUGGGGUCGUUUCCGAAUACUGGACUACUUGAAUGUGAAAAAUGUCUAUUUUGCUCAGUAUGGAGAGCCAAGAGAAGGCGCAAGACGUAUUGUUCUAAAACGCUUGGGCUCUAAUCAAGAACUUGCUGAUAUGGACCAAAAGGUCUGCAAACGGGCUAUUGGGCGCCCUCGUUGUGAUGUAACACAAGCCAUCUACAAGACUCAGUUUUCCCGUUUAAAUGGUGAAGUUCGGUUACUGACUCCAGAUGUUGUGGAGGGGUGGUCAGACUUAGUGCAUUGUCCAUCGCAAAGACUUCUAGACAGAAUAGUACGCAGGUAUGCUGAAACAAAGGAUUCUGGAAGCUUUUUAAUGAAAAAUUUGAAAGACUCUGAGCGGAUGCAGCUACUUCUGACAUUGGCUUUUAAUCCAGAGCCUCUAGUUUUCCAGAGCUUUCCAUCAGAUGAAGGAUGGCCUUUUGCAAAGUACCUUGGAGCCUGUGGGAGAAUGGUGGCUGUAAAUUAUGUAGGCAAUGAACUUUGGAAUUUCUAUAAUGCACCCUGGGAAAAACGAGUAGACUUGGCCUGGCAAUUGCUGGAAAUCGCUGAACAACUUACAAACAAUGAUUUUGAAUUUGCGCUCUAUCUCCUUGACGUCAGCUUUGACAACUUUGCUGUUGGACCGCGGGAUGGAAAGGUCAUAGUGAUUGAUGCUGAAAACAUCAUUGUAGCAGACAAAAGAUUAAUCAAACAAAAUAAGCCUCCAAACUGGGACGUCUGGUACGAGAGCACGUUUGACGAUUGUGGGAAAGAAGCCUGCCUGUCUUUCUCAAAGGAGGUUUUGUGUUCGCGUGUUACAGUUGACCAUAACUACUAUGCCAUUUGUCAAAACCUGCUCUCUAAAUAUGCCACGUGGCGUGGCACAACUGGCGGGCUCCUGCACAGCCCUCCUGUAGAAGUUGUCAGAGCUGGCAGACUGGAGGCCUUGCUCGAAGAAUGUGCACACCCAAAGAAACAAUACGGCCGAUUCCAAGCAGCAAGAGAAUUGCGAGACUAUCUUGCAAAGCUGAGCAAUAAUGUAAGGUAGCUAAACGUGGGUCUAUUGUUUUUCACACUGUUCUAGAUUUGAGAUUUGAGUUGAACAUGAGUGUGGUUCCUGUGUAGAAUGUAAACCUGUAUUGAAGGAUACCUUGCAGAAAUGGCACUAUAUAGUGUUGUAAUUCGUGCUUGGAACAACAACGGACAUCUGCAAACCAGUGUGUAGGACUGAUUAUCUGAUUAGAGCAUUGAGCUAUUAUUGACUUGUUCUCUGAUUGCCUGCAGAGUAAUUCAGAUGAAGACCAGCAGGUCACUGGUGAUAAUAGACCCUGACAGGUUUAAUGAUUGCACAUGUGUCAAAGGGCAAUUGACAUAACACAGCAUUACUGUCACAAUUUGUGAGGCUGAUGCCUUUACUGAGGAAACCUUCCUUAACUUGAAAGCCUGUUUAAAGGCUUUAUCCUACUGAUGUUGUCUUGAUCCUGUCUAUAUUUUGAAUAAGGAAAGCAUAAAAAUAUUUGUAUUAAAGAAAACUUACAUAUACUGCCAUCAAAAUGUACGUGCAAAAUUUUGAUACAAGUUUGCUCAUACUCCUUUUCAAAUAUGUGAACAUAUUUCUAACUUAUCUGUAAACUGAAGCACUGAGAAAAUAUGGCAUUGGGGUAUACUGUCCAGAACCUUAAAGCAUUCCCUCAUCACCAUUUAAGCAAUAAUUUGAUGUUCUGCAAAGAAUGGGAAGAGGAAAUCCUCACUGUUUGUAUUACACAAGAAAUCUGUGAGCAUGAAAUAGUGACUUGAGGUUAAUUUCUUUUGAAGCAGCAACAUUAAAAAAGAACAUUUUGAGCAUCUUUAUAGGUUACUUUAAAAAAUCAAUUUGAUUUCUGUAAAUAAAAUUAGGGGAGCUUUCUUUCCACAAGGAGUAGAGGAGACAGACACAAAAGUAUUUGAGCACAUGCCAAAGAAUAAGAAUUGUUCCAAAAUUACCCUUCCCUUGGAGGAGAAACCUAUUUAUUGGGUAAAAGCAGUGAAAAUGCAGUGCCAAGGAUUUUGGUGGCUAUUUAUAUAUUAAAAAUGCAUUACCUAAAACAGGAAUAAGGUUUUUGGUUGCAAGUUUGUAUUUACCACGUGCUUGACUGGUAUUAUUCUUUAUUGAUUUACUGGGCUGACACAGAUGGCAAUUGCUUUCUGCUCCAGAUCUCACAUUGGUACAGUAUUGUAAUUUAAAAUUUGGUUAAGGUGAUGAUUUUCCAUUUGUUCCAACUAACCUAUAUUAAUUUUUUUCCAAUUUAAGCAGUUGUGUGUGUUUGGCACGUUAAAAAGCCUCGUAGUUUGUGUGGAAAUGGGGUGGAAAAUCUGUUUUUGCUACUGAUUAGCUGAAGUGCAGCUGUAACACCAUUACCAGCUACUUCCAUGCCUGUGGUUCAAUCUGGAUAAAUGUUAAACUAUUCCCCGUAAAGUAAUUUUGUGACUUUAAUCUCCAUUUUAAAACAUGCUGAUGCUUUUCAUUCUAAAACUAGCUUGAGUUGGCUUCAUUGCAGGGAACUGAAUGCUGCAGUAUCACUACGAAAUAAAGUAGGAAGCAAUAGUGUUUGUUUCUCUGGUAUUUCCUAAACCUCGUCAGACACUGAAGUAAUCAGAUUAUGACCCGUUUAACAGUACAAAUGUAGCUUUUAUUGUGUACUGUACUUGUUAGUGAGGAUGCAGCUGACUCCAGGUUUGGGUUUUGGAGAUUUGUAAAUGCUGGAAAAUGCUGUCUUCACUUUAUUUUGUAUGUUCUCAUUUAGUUUCUAUGUUUUAUCAUAAUGGUUUGAUUCACUGUGCCUUUCAUUCAGAAGUUGUCUUUAUAACUUAAAGUGGAUUCAUAUAAUAAAACUUUACUUAUUAA